AUGCUGUCGUACAAGUUGGAUCAAGCGACGUUGCGAGCGUGGGAGGAGAAGAAUAGCGAGAAGGCCGACGUUAAGUACGACGACAUGAUCGAGUUCUUGUACCAACGGGUACGCGUUUUGGAAGCUAGCGGAUCGGAGUCCAAGCAGUCGGCAUCGGCAAAGGUGACCGGUUCCUCAUCGAAACAAUCUCGGCCGAGGUUCGUUGCCAACGCUGCCUCUUCCUCCAGCUCGAACGGUUCGUGCUUGCUUGGGUGUUCGGAGAACCAUCAUCUACGCAGAUGUCCAGUGUUUCUUGGGAAGGAUGUGCAGCAACGCCGAGACCUGGUUGCGCAGAAACGGCUGUGCUGGAACUGUCUCUCGGCUGGCCACCCGGCCAGGAAGUGUGGGUCCAAGUUCUCGUGCCAAACUUGUAAGCAGAAACACCAUUCACUUGUGCACGUCUCGUCUCCGACGAGGGUUUCAUCGACUCCUGCUGUGACUUCCGUCACAAUUGAUCAACCGUCCAACACCGCGUCGGCGAACGCGGCCCCAGUAGGCUCAAGUUCUACCACUCCACAAGUCAGCAUGGCAGUGCAAACUGCAUACAACACGGUUCUGCUGGAGACGGUUGUGGUGAAUGUGGUUGACGAUCACGGCAAGAAGCACAAGGCGCGAGCGUUGCUGGACUCAGCUUCGAUGUCAAACUUCAUGUCGGGUCAGCUGGCAAAGAACCUCUACAAUCGGCCGAUCAAGGUGGACGUCGCAGUAGCUGGGAUUGGAGUUUCAACACAACGAGUUCGCAGCGCAAUCACAGCCGCGAUCGAGUCCAGGAACACAACGUUUUCUACGAAGCUGGAGUUCCUGAUCCUGAGGCAGCCUUCUGCAGAGCUGCCAACCGUGCCGAUAGACGUGUCGACAUGGAAACUUCCGGAUAUUGUGCUGGCAGAUCAACGCUUCAACGUACCUGAACCGAUCGACCUGGUGAUCGGCAGUGAAUCGUUCUGGGAACUGCACACUGGGCGGAAGAUCUCGCUUGGAGCAGGUCUUCCAUGGCUUUCAGCUGUGAACGAUCGUCUGGAGGCUGCAAUCCAGAGAUUCUGGGAAGUUGAGACGAUCCCGGAAGGCCCCGCUCACUCUGUCGACGAGAAUCGCUGCGAGGAGUUCUUCGCCAAGACGACCACCCGUAACGCUACAGGAAGGUACGUGGUUCGUCUUCCCCUGACCGAUAACCCUGAAAUCGUCCUGGGGGAUUCCAAGACCAUCGCAGAGCGCCGCUUUCUCGGCCUGGAACGUCGAUUGGAUCGAGAUCCUGCGACGAAGGAGGCCUACCACAAGUUUAUGCACGAGUAUCUGUCGCUGGGCCACAUGGAGUUGGUGGACGGACCUGUGGACUACCGGAGGCCACACUGCUACUUGCCGCACCACCCUGUCUUCAAACAAUCAAGCACAACGACGAAGGUCAGGGUCGUCUUCGACGCGUCGUGCAAGACGUCGUCCGGCUACUCGGUGAAUGAAAAGAUGCUCGUUGGACCGGUCGUUCAACCGGACCUGCUGUCGACGCUGCUGAAGUUCCGGUUUCAAGCGGUCGCACUGGUGGCGGACGUCGAAAGAUGUACCGUCAAGUGCUCGUGCAUCCUGACGAUCGGCCUCUGCAGCGGAUUAACGCUCGCUCAGAUCGCGCAAGACAACAAAGAACUCCACCCGGACGCUGCUGAAGCUGUUGCACGAGAUUUCUACGUCGACGACUUGAUCUCUGGUGCGCCGGACGUGGAAACGGCGAUCAAACUGCGCCGCGAGAUAUCUACGAUGCUUGCUGCUGCUGGUUUUCCGCUCAAGAAGUGGGCGUCUAACGCCCCUGAAGUGCUACGAGACAUUCCACCCGAGGAUCUUGCACUUCUGCCGGUUUACGACCUGCAAGAUGGUCAAACUGUAACCACACUCGGCAUCGUUUGGGACCCACAGACAGACACCCUCUGUUUCCGGGUCCAACUACCACCCCCUGCGUCGGUGCUCUCAAAGCGCAAAGUGAUGUCUUACAUCGCACAGAUUUGGGACCCGAGAAGCCUGCGCGUGGGACACCCGCUCCCACUCAAGAUCCAGCUGGAAUGGAAGGAGUUCCACAUGCUGCUGCACAUGCUCAGCCAGGUCAAGGCUUACGGCGCCUGCUGUUACGUCCGAGCUGCGGCCGCCAACGGAGUUACCACUCGUCUGCUGUCCUCGAAGUCCAAGGUCGCGUCGCUGUCGUCCCAUGACUCGAUCAACAAAUUGGAGCUAAAUGGUGGCCGGCUCUCUACGCAGCUGUACAAGAAAGUCAAGAAAGCCCUGAACCUGUCUGAUGCCGUUCCAGUCUUCUUCUGGACAGAUUCGCUUACGGUUCUUCACUGGUUGAACUCUCUGCCCAGCCGUUGGAAGACGUACGUCGCGAAUAGGGUGUCCCAAAUCCAGCUGUGCACUAGCCGCCAUGUCUGGGGACACGUACCCGGCGUCGACAAUCCCGCCGACUACAUCUCUCGAGGACUGAGCCCGCUGGAACUGCUCGAUUGUCUGUGUUGGUGGUUUGGGCCCCUUUGGCUGAAGCAAAACCCGGACUACUGGCCAAAAACUGUGUUGACAGCCGCAGACGCUUCAGCUGUAACCAAGGAAGAACGCAAGGUGCCGAUCGUUGCGAUGACCACCGUCGAGGCUGAUUUCAGCAACCGUGUUUUCAGCUUGACCUCGAGCUUUCCUAAGCUCCGUCGCGACAUCGCAUUCUGCCAGCGCUUUCUUUCCAAGCUUCGUGAACGCUCGGUGCAACGGCGCGAUGCACCUGAACAGUACGCCCUGCUUACUGUUGGAAAAGUAACAACCCCUCUAUCGGUUACGCCGCUCUCUACGCACGAACUCCAACACGCUGAAUUCUCGCUGGUGCGCCUAGCGCAGCAAGAACACUACGCUGAGGAGAUUUCUGACCUCUCUGGAGGUGAACGGGUGUCCAAGUCGUCGCCACUCAAGUGGUUGAACCCGUUUGUUGACGUUAACCGUAUCCUGCGAGUCGGUGGCCGGCUUCGGAACGCCAAACUUACUCACGAAAGCAAACACCCGAUUGUUCUCUCUGCGCGACACCCGCUAACGGCUCUGUUGGCUAGUUACUUCCACGAGAAACUACUGCACGCAGGUCCCGCCCUCAUGCUGGCCACUCUCCGCCAGAAGUAUUGGAUCUUGGGCGGACGAAACCUGGUGAAAUCUGUCUACCAUCGCUGCCACACCUGUUUCCGCAGUAAACCCACGCUGGUAAUCCAGAGCAUAGCAGAUUUGCCAGCAUCGAGGGUCGCACCAACUCUCUACGUGGCCAUUUUCGUUUGCUUUUCGACCAAGGCGGUCCACAUCGAGCUGGUGAGCGAUUUAUCCACACCAGCAUUCAUCGCAGCUCUACGUCGACUGGUCGCCCGCAGAGGACAGGUUGUCGAGUUGAAUUCUGACAACGCGACCGCCUUCAAGGGUGCUGCGAAUGCACUGCACCGUGUGUACCAGAUGCUGAAGGUCGAACAAGUCGAUCGGAAUGAGAUUUUCACCUGGUGCGCAGAGAACGGGAUUCGCUGGAAAUUCAUCCCACCACGCGCGCCGCACUUCGGCGGACUGUGGGAGACGGCGGUCAAAUCAGCCAAAACACACCUACUCAAGACGAUGGGCACCACUAGUGCCAACUACGAGGACAUGCUCACACUGCUGGCGCAGAUAGAGAUGUGCCUCAACUCUCGCCCACUCACGCCCAUGCCGGACGACCCGGCAGACGCUGAAGUCCUGACCCCGGGACAUUUUCUCGUCGGGAGCAACCUCCAAGCCGUUCCGGAAAUGGACCUGAAGGAGAUUCCAGACAACCGCCUCAACAACUGGGAGCUGACGCAGAAACGAGUCCAGUAA